AUGCUAUUAAAUCUAUUCGAUCAAUCAGGACAAUCUACGCAGGAUUUAACACGUGAAUCAUCAGAAUUUUUAUGGUACCAAUUAUUACGUGAAUAUAUAAUGAAAAUGGUUCAAACGAACGAUAGUAAAAAAAUUAUGCUAGAAAAAUUUCGUUUAUAUUAUAGAACAAUUAAAGCUUAUUUGUCUAAAGUAGAUGAAAGUAAAAAUCUUAGAUGGUACGAACUAAUCGACUAUCAAGUUGGAUAUCUUCUGAUUGAGAUGGAUCAGUCAGUCGAAGCUAUUCGUUAUUCUGAAAAUCUAUUAGAAGAAGCAAAAGAUGAUAAAAACAGUUUUAUCGCUCUUUUUGGAUUAGUAAUUGCUUGUCUAAAUAAUGAACAAGUUGAACAAGCAAAUGAAUAUAUAAAUCAUUGCUGUAAACUUUAUGAAAAUAUUCCGGACGGUACUAUCUAUGAUCAUUGUCAUAUAUUUGAUCUUUUAGGAAGUAUUGCUCAUAAACAAAAUAGACCUAAACUUGCCAUUCAUUAUUAUACAGAAAUCUUAAAAAUCGUACCGGAAGAUGAUACGGAUAUGAUAUCGAUUGCUAAUACUAAUUUAGCAAAUAUUUAUUAUUCUAAUGUUUAUUAUGGAAUUAAUGAAUUUGAUAAAGCAAUUGACAAUUGUAUGAUAUCAUUAACUUUAAUUGAUGAUAAUAAUGAAAGAAAGAUUGCUCAAAUUUAUGAAAAUAUUUUCGGAUGUUAUGUGCAUACGGCUUUGACUUCCAUCACAACUUGUCGUCCAUACAUACCGUCUGAUAAUCGUUCCUUUUUCGUGCGUGAUUAUCCUCAAUCAAAUUUACCUCAACGAAUAUCAAAUUCAUCAUAUCAAAAUCUUCUUCGUCAACUUCCUUCUCUUCGAUUAGUUGUCCUAGGAUGUGCUCGUAAUGUCGAACGAGAUCUUGAUGCAUUUCGACGUCAUAUUGAACCAAUCAUUAAUCUUUUUCAUUCAUCAUCUCGUAUUCUUAUUUUCGAGAGUGAUUCAAAAGAUAAAACUGUAAAAAAACUUCGUGAGUGGUCUCGUGUAGAACUAUAUACAUAUCGUGGAUUAUUAGGACGAUAUCCAGAACGUACUGAUCGACUUGCUUAUUGUCGAAAUAUGCUAAUGGAUAAAGCACAUCUUUUACUACCUGAUUACAUUUUUAUUGUUGAUUUAGAUAGAUUUCCAACACCCGUUUCUUCUUUUCUUUCAAAUUUUCAAUAUGACACAAAUCAAUGGUCAGUCAUGACAGCAACAUCACAUGAUACCUAUUAUGAUAUUUGGGCAUUACGUACGUUAUCUGAUUCAGUUAUGAAUUAUGAUGUUUGGAAUCAAGUGUUCAAUCUGGAAUUAUCUCUGAGCAACUAUUGUCAUCCAUCAAUUUUUAAUGGAAUUAUUGGAAUUCAUAAAAGACGUAUUCCAGUUGAACAUGGUUUAAUUGAAGUACGUUCAGCUUUUAAUGGUGCUGGAUUGUACAAAGUUUGUGAAUAUGAACGUUAA